GUUUGGGUCAUGCAUCCCCAUUUGAAGAAGCUAUGGACUCGAAGACAAAAGAAAGAAAAAGGGAAGUUAUGGACUCACUUUACUGGAAGAGACAAGAUGGGGAAACUGAGGCCCACUCAGAAAUAACUGAUCCAGGUACAUGGAGCUCAUCCAGAAUCCACGUUACGUUUGGUUGUCAUGUCCCCUUCGGCUCCACUUGACUAUGAUGCCAUCCUAUGGAUUGAAUUCCGUUUUCAAAUAGAAAGAGAUGUUUUCAAACAUCCUUGAACUGAGCAUGCAGAGUGAGGGAGGCCUGGUGCUUAUGCACUCACUAAUCUCUGUUAUGACAUGUCUACAUGACUGAGAGGAUCACGCUUCUGGGCUGAGAGAAGGAGGGUUGUCCACGAAUGACACGGAUAACACAGGAGGAGCACCAGACCAAGGCCUUUUCAGAGAAUAGGGAAUGCAAAGGACACUGUCCAGACAAGGUCAGGAUUCAAGACUCAAAAGCAUUUUUAAUGAGUGGAGUAUGGUGAUGCCUUGCCAGUGUGUCUGCAGAUGACUCAAUCUGUGUGCACACACCCAAAUGCACCCACGGUUGCAAAGGGAAACCAUGGAGUUCCACAAACUGGAGAGCUGCUCGUUGUAGAGGAGCAGGUAUUGAGUGCCCAGUGCGUGCCUGACUGCUGCCAAGUUCUCCAUGAGCAUCACUGUUCAUUCUCAUUGCAUCUCUGAUUCUCAAGGUCAUCUGUUUCAUUUUCACUGCUCUCCUACCAGAGGAUUCUGAGAGGCUAAAUGACUUGUCUAAGUUUUCACAGCUAGAGAGUGGCAGAUUUAGGACUGGAACUUCAGACUUCAGAGUUUACACUCAACGAGCAAUAGUUUCCACUAGAGGAAAGACAACAACGCAGGAAAUAAAACUGCUGGGGCUAUGUCUACACACACUAACAAAGGCAAUCGGAGAGAAGCAGGCAAUUAUUCAGAUAAUUCAGAAUAUAACAAUUUUUUUAAAAAAGGUUUGUGGUUAGGUAGCUGGUGUUUCUGGACUGGCUGUACUGGUAGAGCAGAUUCUCAGAGUAGGAGCUUACGGGCAACCACCUCCAGCACUCGGGCCCCCCGCGCCCCCCCCCCCCCAGGUUCAGCUCAGCACCCUUGGGGAACUCUAUUCUUAGUCAACUUACUUCCUGCCACUGGUCAGAGCCUCUGUGGGUGAACUGGGUCUGCGGAACCCCCACCACAGGGAGUCACUGGGGUGUUCUCCCAGGAGGAGGGUGUGCUCCCCACAGCCCAGAGAAUCCAGGCUGCAGCCACUGGGCAGAAAGAGCUGGAGAGAGGGAACUGUGGCGAGAUGCUGCCCAGGGGAGGUUCGCCAGGCAGAGACCCCUCUUUGUUUAGACCCUCCCUCCCAUGGGCAGAUCUAAGACUAGAUUAGAAAUUGGGAAAUAGCCACUAAGUGGUCAAGGCCUAGAGAACAUGAAGGGAAAGGGGAAUCAGGCGAAUGGGAGAUCCGUUAUAAACUUGGAUUCCCCCUUCUUAAGUCUGGGUGCACCCCUGGUGGAAGAAAGCGAACCUGGAGGGAGCAAGGGCUUCUCUUGCAGUUUGUGGGAAGCCCACACUGCCGUUUUCCUGCUCCCAGCAAAGGAGGCCAGGACCUUGGAGGGGUACAGUUAGCUGGGGCAAGUAGGGAUCAGGAAGGGACUUGUGAAGGGUGGGGCAGCGUGGCCCUGGGGUGGUCAGCCAGAGAUGGGAGUGGGAGAUGGAAGGAACAAAAAAAAACGGCCACCACCCAAGUGCCCAGGGUACGGAUUUGUGCCUUAAGUUCAAGUGCAUGCCAGAUGUAUAGCGGAAAUUGAAUCGUGUGUGUGUGUGUGUGUGUGUGUGUGUGUGUGUGUGUGUGUGUGUGUGUGUGUAUGUUUUCCACCUUGGGCUGAGGAUGGGGAGGGCUGAGAACAAGAACUGCGCUCCAAUGUGAGGCACUGUUCGUGGGUGGCGCCCCUGGCCUUCGGGAGGUAGGGGACACACAUCCACCAACCCCGCUCAGUCGGGGUCCCCAAAACCACAAGUGUGUGGAAGUGCCUGGAAGUUGCAGUGAGGUUUUGCCGAACUUCGCAGACUUCUCACCUGAGGCGACCAGCUAAGAUUCAACCUGGCAGGACCGUGGGUCGCUUCUGGAUGUGUUGGGUCGCAGCCAGAUGUUCAAUCGCGCACCUCAGUACCCAAAUCUACUACACUGGGGGCGGUGCAGGAUGUGUGCGCCUACCCUCUUCUCCAGCCCCCGGGCUUAGGGACCCUACCCCAGGGGUAAGAAUGGGGAGGUGGUCCUCCUAGAGAUUCCGUGGCAUGGCGGCAGCCUCCGUGCAGCCGCAGUGCGAGCGGCCUUGCACAGGCGAGCCAAGGGGUCCAGGCUGAAGUUGGGGUUCAGCUUCCAUCGGGUAGGCGGCUUUAGAAGGAGAGCUGAGCGGCAGGCGGCGGUCAGGCAGCCGCUGCGGAGUGGACCUCAACUCUUUCAACAGAUGCCUGGGGGAUGGGGAGCCAAGAGAAGGGGUAUCGAGCCGGGAGUAUAUCCCGCCCCUCCGGCACCCCAGCUCGUGCUACGGCUUUAAAAUCCUGCAGAGUUUGUCAUAGGUUGGCCUCACCACGCAUGCGCAAAGGCAAAGUUGAGUUUUUUUCUUUCUCCCCUCCACCGCCCCCUCCCACCCCCGCCCCUGCUCUUUCCAGCCGCCUUUGGUUCUGCAACUUAAAAAAAAAAAUUUUUUUUUUCUUCUCUGGGAACACGAGGGGAAAGAGGAGUCCGGAGAGAGGGAGGGAGACAGGGAGGCAGUUGGCCAGGAGGGCCGGGGGGUGGGUGGGGGGGACGCGGUCCCUGCGGUCGGUCAGUCUGUCUGCGGGGCGCAGGAUCGCGUGGAAGGCUGCUGCAAGUUCCGAGGCGCCACCUCCGCCGCCCGGAGUCCGGUUCCCUGCGGCCGCUGCCGAGCGAGCUCCUCCCGCCACCGCCGCCGCCACCACCGCCGUGCCCCGACCGCCUGUUCGCUCUCCCGCCCCUCCGGCCCCGGCGCCAAACGAGGAGGUGGGCAUCCACGCCGGCCAUGGACCGCAGGAGCUGAACAGCCGCCGCGGAGCUCCUCGACCUCGCCCCUCUCCAGCCCUACGGCCUCGGUGCCCGCGCGCCUCUUCGCCCUUCGCCCUGGAAAGGCGGGGAAAAGAGGGGGAUUAACUAGAAAGGAGAAAGAAGGGGGUGCGGAGGGGGGAGCCCGUGUCUGCCCUUGGGCAGUCGUGCGUCGUCCCCAGACCCACCGGAGGCAGAACUUUCGGGGACAACUUUUACCCAGUUUGCUCCCCCUUUUUGCCAAACCCUAAAAUGAAAGGACAAAAGUUGGCGCUGACUCUUUCAGCUCGGAUGGCGACUUGUGCGUUUUCAGCGGCAUCUCCCGGAGAAAAACCCAUGCGCGCCUGAUUGUUCUGUGGCCCCCAAGCUGCAGUGCGUGUGGGUGUGUGUGUGUUUGGGUGUGUGUCUGUGUGUGUACCCAGACGUCCACACACUCGCGGCCGCAGGAUCAGCGUCUGGAAGCAGACGUUUCGCCCACAGACUUGGAGAGGAGGAGCUGGAGAUCAGGAGGCGUGAGCCGCCAAGAGUCUGCAGAAUCCGUGGUGUGAAUGAACUGGGGGCACCUGGGCGCACGGAUCUCCUCCCCCACCCCCCGCUCCGGGCCAGAGUUGAGUUGUGGGGCAUUUUUUUUUUCACCCUCUUGUGAAGAAUUUUUUUUUUUUUAUUUGUUGUAAAGUCUUUUGCACAAUCACGCCCACAUUUGGGGUUGGAAAGCCCUAAUUACCGCCGUCGCUGAUGGACGUUGGAGAGGGAGCGCCUCGCUGCGGAGCAGUCGCCUGCGCGCCCUCGCCGGACCCGCGGCUCCCUUGUUGCGCGCCGGCCCGGCCCUGUUCCUGCUGCCGGCAGGCGGACUUCGGCGCCCCCUCGGUUCACGGGCGCUUCCCAGCGCUGCUCCUGCUCAGGCACCCAGACUCGGACGCCAGUGACCGCUUGGGCUCCAAUUUCCUGAGCCUGCCCGACGCGCCCAGGAGGAGCCCUCAGCUCUGUGCCGGAUCGUACCCCCAGCCUUAACCCGGCUGCUCCGCUCGGAUUCUUCGGCUGCCCUCGCUCUGGUGGCGACUUCCUCCCCGCGCCCCCUCCCCCUCGAAAUGAAGAAGUCGAUUGGAAUAUUAAGCCCAGGAGUUGCUUUGGGGACGGCUGGAAGGGCAAUGUCUUCCAAGUUCUUCCUAAUGGCUUUGGCCAUAUUUAUCUCCUUCGCCCAGGUUGUAAUAGAAGCCAAUUCUUGGUGGUCGCUAGGUAUGAAUAACCCUGUUCAGAUGUCAGAAGUAUAUAUCAUAGGAGCGCAGCCUCUCUGCAGCCAACUGGCAGGACUUUCUCAAGGACAGAAGAAACUAUGCCACUUGUAUCAGGACCACAUGCAGUACAUCGGAGAGGGCGCGAAGACGGGCAUCAAAGAAUGCCAGUAUCAGUUCCGGCACCGGAGGUGGAACUGCAGCACCGUGGAUAACACCUCAGUCUUCGGCAGGGUCAUGCAGAUAGGCAGCCGCGAGACGGCCUUCACGUACGCGGUGAGCGCCGCGGGGGUGGUCAACGCCAUGAGCCGCGCCUGCCGCGAGGGCGAGCUGUCCACCUGCGGCUGCAGCCGCGCCGCCCGCCCCAAGGACCUGCCGCGGGACUGGCUGUGGGGCGGCUGCGGCGACAACAUCGACUACGGCUACCGCUUCGCCAAGGAGUUCGUGGACGCACGCGAGCGGGAGCGCAUCCACGCCAAGGGCUCCUACGAGAGCGCGCGCAUCCUCAUGAACCUGCACAACAACGAGGCCGGCCGCAGGACGGUGUACAACCUGGCGGACGUGGCCUGCAAGUGCCACGGGGUGUCGGGCUCCUGCAGCCUCAAGACGUGCUGGCUGCAGCUGGCUGACUUCCGCAAGGUGGGCGACGCCCUGAAGGAGAAGUACGACAGCGCGGCGGCCAUGCGGCUCAACAGCCGGGGCAAGCUGGUGCAGGUCAACAGCCGCUUCAACUCACCCACCACACAGGACCUGGUCUACAUCGACCCCAGCCCCGACUACUGCGUGCGCAACGAGAGCACUGGCUCGCUAGGCACGCAGGGCCGCCUGUGCAACAAGACGUCCGAGGGCAUGGACGGCUGUGAGCUCAUGUGCUGCGGCCGCGGCUACGACCAGUUCAAGACCGUGCAGACUGAGCGCUGCCACUGCAAGUUCCACUGGUGCUGCUACGUCAAGUGCAAGAAGUGCACGGAGAUCGUGGACCAGUUCGUGUGCAAAUAGCGGGCGCCCCGCCGCCUGCCUGUCACCCAGCCCCACUCCCAGGACCUACUUAUUUAUAGAAAGUACAGUGAUUCUGUUGUUGUUUUUUUAAUAUUGUUUUAUUUUUCAUCCCCAAGAAUUGCAGCCGGAACCAUUUUUUUUUUCUGUUCCCAUCUGAGAACUCUGUGGUUUAUUAUUAAUAUUAUAAUUAUUAUUUGGCAAUAAUGGGGGGUGGGAACCAAGAAAGUAUUUAUUUUGUGGAUCUUUGAAAAGGUAAGACAAGACUUCUUUUGAUGGUAUAUAGGAUGAGGGGGAAUGACACAUGCCCUAACUUAGAUGUGUGCACAUCUGGAAGAUCAAGGAAAUAUUAGGUUUUCUUUGUCUCAACUAUGGGGUCAUAUGGGACAGGUAGUGAACGGCUGCAAGAGGGUGGUACAGAUCUAUGUGCGACUUAGCUCCUGUGGCCAAAAGGAAAUCAGCGCUCUGGUGAAAGCUGAAAGGUCUUGAGAAACAAACAAAACAAUGAGACCCCCACCCCCGCCUGCUUUCCCAGGGCUGCCAGCCUGAAACAUUUCCAAAAUGGUAUUUAAAGUCUAAGAGCAAAAUACUCAUAUCCCUUAAAGAAAAAAGGUUUAUCACGUAUCGCACCGUUCUCAAACAUGCCAUCUGCAGAUGGUCCAUUCUAAUAGCUACUGAAACUUGGGGAGCAGGGAGGGAAGCCCCAGAGAUUAAAAAAAAAAAACAACUUAAACUCCUUAUGUUAAGUCAGUGAUUUGAAGCUGUUGUGGGAAUUAGGUUAUCCACUUGGAAAAGGAUCCUCCAGUGAUUCUGGGUACUAGACAUUUUGUUUGGAGAAGGGCAAGGGAGGUUGGCUUGACUAUAAAGGAAAAUAUACUGUAAUUUUCUUUCGGAUACUUGGUUAAUAAAUGAUAAUGAAAAUAAUAAAUGAAUUCCACUCACAGACCCUUAGCCUGAACCACAAGGUAAUUGCAUACAGUUCAGCACUGCACCAGAGCAGAAAACCUAUUUGAGGGGAAAAAGUGACAUCCGCCCUCCCUACUUGACCCCGAGCCCUCUCCCAUUCCUCCAUGCCUUGCUGCGCUGUGAUGCGGCCACGUACUGGGUCCCCUCUCAUUGUAGGACAGGAAAUGAAACAUGAGGAGCUCCGCUUGGGAAACAGCUACUUAGGGAUUUUUUUUUCCCCUAAAACUUUUAUUUUGAGGAGCAGUAGUUUCCUAUGUUUUAAUGACAUUACUUUGCGAAUGGACUUCACAGAGGUGUGGCAGCCAUUUCCCUGUUAUGAUCCUGUGUUUAGACUCUCCACUCACGCUUUCCUGGUACCCUGCAGGCAUACCUUAGAACUGUUCCUAGUGGACUUGAACAGUUGCAUUUAUAAGGGGGGAAAUGUGGUUUAAUGGUGCCUAAUAUCUCAGUCUCUUGUACAUAACAUAUAUAUAUAUAUACAUAUAUAUAUAAAUACAAAUAUAAUUAUAUCUCAGUGCAGCAAGUGAUUUAGAUUUACAGUUUACUCUGGGGUUAUUUUUUGGGCUAGAGCCUCGUUGUCCUCCAUUGCAAUCCAGUUGGGAUUUUUUCAAAAUGGCUUCUGAGUUGAGCUUGGGCUGUGGCCCUGAUGCCAUCACACCCUGAGCAUCACGAAGCAGCCUUGUUUCUAAGGAAUCUGGAACGUCUCACUCAUAUGCAUGUUGGUUUGCAGAUUUCUUUUAUCUUCCCUGCCCCGUCCCCUGUUGUCCAGCCUCCUGCUCUGUACCCUUCUGGAGAGGCAUUACUUAUUCAUCACGGACAUGGGAACGAAGAGAUAUUCAACACUCAGAAGCAAUGUCAGCAUUUCUCUUUCCUGCGUUCAUUUUGCAGAGUGGAAGCUGGUGCCUGUGCGAUCUGAUAGUACCUAUUUGAGUCCCUAAGGAAAAUCCAGCUCACGACAUAUAUAGCUAGUUAAAACAUUUUUUAAAAACCAGGACACCUCUUUCCAAAGAGUGCCAUCAAAUGCGUGCCUAUCUCAGACUUGUGCUGUUUUAACAGUUUGGAAAGAUACAUCUCCUGCAGCCCUCACAGGCGUGGUGGCCCGCAGCUCCCCUCAGCCACCUGUGGCUCUUAACUUAUUGCGCCAUGAUAUUCACUCCCUGCCCCCUGCCCCGCCCCAGUUACAGUGAAUUGCAAGCAAAGAUCUUGAAAGUAAAAAAAGCACUAAUUAGUUUAAAAUGUCACUUUUUUGGUUUUUAUUAUUCAAAAACCAUGAAGUAAUUUUUUUAUUUGCUAAACCAGAUUUUGUUCCUUUUUAGUGAUUCAUGUUUAUGAAGAGAGUUGAGUUUAACAAUCCUAGGUUUUAAAAGAAACUAUUUAAUGUAAAAUAGUCUACUUGUCAUUCAGAUAUUAUGUAUAUCUUCUAUGGCCUUUAUUCUGUACUUUUAAUGUACAUAUUUCUGCCUCGCGUGAUUUGUAUAUUUCACUGGUUCAAAAAACAAACAUGGAAAGGCUUAUGCCAAAUGGAAGAUAGAAUAUAAAAUAAAACGUUACUUGUAUAUUGGUAAGUGGUUUCAAUUGUCCUUCAGAUACUUCAUGUGGAGAUUUUUGGAGGAAACAUGAGGGAUAGUUUAGGGGUGACUACAUGUCAGAAUAAUAGAAGAGUGGAGAAUUUUACCAAAACCAAACUAUUUGGGAGCUUCAAAAGAUUUCUAUAUGUAACGGAACAAAAGGGGAAUUCUCUUUUCCUAUAUGUGUUCUUCGAAAAAAGAAAUCAAGCAGAUGGCUUAAAGCUGGUUAUAGGAUUGCUCACAUUCUUUGAGCAUUAUGCAUGUAACUUAAUUGUUUUAAAGCGUGUUACUCUUGUAACAUCUCAGAGAAGAACUGAAAAGGCACAUGCUUUUAUCCAUGACCAGAAUUUUAGUCCAAAAAAAAGUGUAUUUGUGUUCACCACUGCAGCUAGUGCGCCACUCUAUUUGAAGUUACUGUGGAUGGAGUGUCUCUUUGCCCCUUGGAAAGUAGUUUUAUGAAAAGCAAGCCUCAAUCUGUAGAGAAUGAAGGAAACUGAAGGUCCGUUGUGUUAAGUGCAAUUAAUAUGAGCCCUUGUGCUUCUCGAAAAUGCACAGCGAAGUCUGGCCCGCGACGCACAGAUUGAUAUGUUAGCCCCUUGCUUUUUUUCUUUCCGGAUAACCUUGUAACAUAUUGAAACCUUUUAAGGAUACCAAGAAUGCAUUAUUCCACAAAAAAACAGUAGACCAACAUAUAGAGUGUUUAAAAUAGCAUUUCUGGGCAAAUUCAAACGCUUGUGGUUCUAGGACUCACAUCUGUUUCAGUUUUUCCUCAGUUGUAUAUUGACCAGUGUUCUUUAUUGCAAAAACAUAUACUCAAUUUAGGAGCGUCAGCAUAUUUUUUUCUUCUCAUCCUGGAGUGUAUUCAAGAUCUUCCCAAUACAGGAAAAUUAACAAAAAAAUUUAUAUACAGGCAGCAGCGAACAGAGCUAUGUUCAAAAUGGUAAUUAUGGGCUUAAGUAAAAGGAAGACUGUUUUCAGCUUUAGUCCAGUAUAUCUGUUCCGUUUUUCGAGCUGCUGACCUCCUGAGACCGGCACUGUCUGUGUUUCCGUAGCCCACGCAACCCCUUUGCGCAUUCGAUUUGCCAAUACAAUUUUCAAUUUGUUUUUGCAAGACAUCAUUCAAGCCACCAGAAUUAUCAAAGAUGACACUGUAGCAGGAGAAGUACUCCAAAUAAGAGACUGUCACUGGCUGACUCCUAGAGAUCAUUAGCAGAAACAGUCCCCAAAGACUGACUGAUGCAUAAUUUAAAUAGAGACAGCUAGAAAAGGUACUAAUAACUUGAAGGAUAUAUAUGAUGCAGAUACGCACUAAGGCAUAGGUCUAAUAUACUGCAUUAUCACUGUAAAGUAUACUUUUAAAAUAUUUAUUUUUUUAACAAAGUAUUUGUUAGUCUCCCUUGUCUGUGGAAUGGUGAAAGCCAGAUACCAUACUUUGAAAGUAAGAUGAUGAAAUGCAUUCUCAAUACAGGAAAUAUUCAGCAACUAGGAAUUAAAACAGUAAAGAAAUCUAGUUUACCUAUUCACACAGACCUUACAUCUAACUCUGAUGACUGGAUAGUAUUUUAUGUUAGUGAAACAGCAUCUUGUUAGCCAACUUUAAAAAAUGGAUGUGGAAUGAUUAAAGGUCAGUAUGAUUUAAAAAAAACAAAAAAAACAAAAAUGUAUCAAUUUUAAGCUAGAAGAUUUGAUUAACAUGCUGUCUCUGUGUUUCAAAAGCAAAAAAGGAAUAAGAAAAAUUGCAUUUUAGACCAGUUUUACAUGCAGUGUACAAUUUGCUGGGCUAGAAAUGAGAUAAAGAUUAUUUAUUUUUGUUCAU